AAUAUGAAUAUAUUACAUAUGUAAUGCACUAUAGGUAGAAUGACCCGUUUUUAAAGCAAAAUUUUUGAAGUGAACAAUUUCCCAAAAGCAAUUAUGGCAAGUAAAAAAAAUAAGUAGUGAAACGAGUUGUUGUACAAAAAACGUCUAAAAAUACAAGCAAUUUGUUGGAAAUACUGAAAUGUCAAAAUUUGUUUAUCAGCUACACAACAAAUUAUUAAUUGAAGGUUUAGCGCAACAACAUCAACUACAAAUUAUACGAACCACCUUAGGAUAUGUCAUGACAUAGACAUCAAAAGUCAAAACUACAUUAAAACAAAAGCUUUAACUUCUAAAUGCCUAACCUCAUGUUUUUUAAAAACUAAAUUUUCACAUGCAAGGCGCCUGGCGGAAAUGUGUUGCAUUGAUCUACAAGCUUUUAAUACUUGUCAAAGAGUAGGGUUUCAAAAAUAUGUUAAACAUAUUGACCCUGCUUCAUUUCCAACAUCAACAACUGUGGCCACAAAUGCGUUAAAUGAUUUAUAUGAUGUAUAUCGUGAAAAAAACAUUGUCAACAUGCCCAAAAAAUAUUAAUAUAGUUUUAGAUAUGUGGACGGAUAAAUAUAAAAAAUAUCAUACAUAAAUAUAAAAGUACAUAUAUCCAAAAAUUUCAAUUUAAAAUGUAUUUCCUUAAAAACGGAACAUUUUCCACACCCACAUACAGGAAAAGCGAUUGCUGAAAGACUAAUGGAAACUAUAAAAUAUUUUGGAUUGGAGAAUAGAAAUAUAAAAGUUAUUUCAGAUGGAGGUUCUAAUAUAGUGGCGGCAAUGAAAAUUAAAAACAUUGAGCGUUUCAAUUGCAUGGCUAUUUCGUUACACCGAUUCAUAUCUCAUGAUAUCCUAAAUAAUACUCUGUUUGAAGACUUAAAUAAAAUUAUUUCAAAAAUUAAACAAAUAUUUCGUGCUUUAACGUAUAGAGGUGAGGAUAUUUUAGAAUACAACAACUAAAACAAAACGAAAAAUUAUUUGCCAUGCUAACAAAGAUUCAAAAUAUAACAAACUGCAUUGAAUGCGAUGAAAACAUUGUGUUUAGUGACAUAGAAAGUGAAAUCGAGGCAGUUUUAAAAAAUCCACAUUUACCAACUUUAAAAAAUUCUGUGGAAACAAGAUGGAACUCCCUUCUAAAUAUGAUAAAAAGCUUUUCCCUGAAUUGUGAAGUUAUAAACAUAGUACUUUUAAAAAUAAAAAAAGAAGAAUUACUAAUUCCUGCAAUGCAAGGGGAGCUAAUUAAAGAUUUUGCGGAUUUUUUGGAAAUUUUUGCAGAAGCUACUACAUACAUGCAAGGCCUGGAAUAUGCAACGACAUCUACUGCUAUAUAUUUUUAUGAAAAUAUUUACACAACCUUAUUACAAAAAGGCGAGAACUCUUCAUUUGGCAUUAUUUUACAUUUACACAACUUUGCAAAACAAAACUUUUGUAAACGAUUCAACAUAACCAAAUUACACCUAGUUUCUGCUCUAAUGGACCCCUGUCAGAAAAACUGGUCAAAUUUAAUGAAAUAUAUUAAAAAAAUUCCAGCAAAUGUAGGCGUGCCGGAUACAUUUGUUUUGGAGAAUGAAGUCGAAAACUACAUCACAAAAGAAAACUUGAUCUUACAGAAAAUAAAGAAAUAUGGUAUUGAAAUAAAUAUUCCUGAAGAGCCACCUGCAAAAAAGGAGAAGAUUUCAGAUAACCGUAGGAGAAUGUUAAACUUCCUUUCGGAUACCGGCGACUGCUCUUCCAGGGACAUAGUUUCUAUCGAAAUUCAAAAAUAUUUUGACAUAUCAGUCCAUGAAAGCCUUGACUGGUGGAAGGAAAAUCAAGAGGUUUUUCAUAGGAUUGCUCAGUUAGCAAAUAUUUGUUUUGCAAUACCCGCAACAUCGUCUUCUUCCGAAAUAGCCUUUUCUAUGGCCGGGUCCUGCAUAACAGAGAAAAGGAGUAGACUUAACCAAGCAACUGUCAAAAAACAAUUAUUUAUUCAUGAUAAUUUUAAAAUAUUUACUAAGGAUUAAAUUAAAAUUAUUAUAAUUAUAACCUUCACCUUUGUGAAAAAGAAAUACAUCGUCAUCUGAAAUGGAAAAGUGCAUUACAACCAAAAAAUUAAAAAUUUACUUUUUGAUUAAAAAUGGGUCAAAAUAAAUGUCGCUUAUUUUGUUAACUUUAUUUUCAAAACCUCCGAAUUAAACAUGUCGA